CCAGGUACAGCUUUCCCCUUAGAGAUGAGUGCCCUUGAAGGAAUGAGAGUGUCUGAAAGGAAAUCUCCCCUGAGCAUGAAGGUCGGCCUCACCCACGAAGGAAAAGAUGACUUAAGAGAGAGGAGGGUCUUUAUGGAAACAAAAUCUCCCACGGAGUUGGGGUUCAGAGUGGCAUUAGGAAAAGAACAUUCCCCAUGGAGCGAGAGCCCCUUGGUUAGUAAUAAAUACGAGGAGAGGAUGGCAUCACCAGAAACAAAAUCUCCAUUGAGCAAGGGGCUUGAAAUGAAAUUAAAAAGACAGAAUAUUUCUAGAACGCUCACGGAGAAAAAUAAUUUAGAAGUCAACAGGGUCUCAGCCUCACAGGAAACAAAACCUCUGGGUAUGUUGCCAGGAAGAGUGGGUUUAGAAAAUGAGUGUCUUCUGGCAGAGUGUUCUCCUGGAAGGAUAAUACAGCCUCCCUUGGGCAUGGUGUGUGAAAGUCCACAGGCUCUAGGGAGCAGGAGAGGUCCUGCGGCUGCUGCCUCUGAAGGGUCAGGGGCUUCACUGAGGAAGCAGCCUGCUUUGGGUACAGAACCUAGAGAGGAACUGGAAAAAGAGUCGAUCUGUAUGGUGAUGAAGCCCAGUACAGCGAUGAAGCCUCCUGUGGGGGUGGACAUUGGCCCGAUGAAGCCUCCUGUGGGGGUGGACAUUGGGCUGCCGCAAGCAGAGGAGCCAGAUGAAACUAAGAAUACAGAGCCCCAAAUGGGCUUGGUGAUAGAACCUCCUGAGUGCCAGUUUGCCCAACAACCUGAAGAGAAAAAGGAGGCUGAAAACGUUGAACCAGGAGUAGAACCUCCAGAUCACGUCAGACCCAUAUACUCCGGGAAAUUUUUUGAUCGGAUGCCUUGCUGGCCAAGUGCAGGGAAAGUUAUUCCAAUUGGAUACAGAGUUGCAGACUGCUUGACUGAAAAACUUCCCAGGUUAAUUACUCCACCUGAGGCAAAAAAAUUUUUCAACUUCAGAUAUCCACCUGCUGGAGCCGAAAGGGUAUUUUAUGGCAGAGCAAAUGAUGCCAAAAUUGCACCUUCUUUGACACAUGGAAUAAGAUCUAAAAUUUCAAUACCGGCAAAAGUAUUGAUAAACCCACAGCCUAUUACAACGUUUCAACAGAAAAUUAAAGAUAAAAAAGAAUCAGUAUAUUUUAGCAAUCAACGGGCACCAUUAGGAAAAUCUCAUGAUCAAACGCCAGGAUUACCCAAAGGCUUGGAUGUACUCAAUACCACAUUUGGGACAGCAGUCAUCAAAGAAUUAUCUGCUAGAGAUGUGGUGAAUCCACCAAAAUCCUAUGAAGAAGUGUUUAAAGAAGGAAAGGAAGGACAUGAUCUGUAUGUUGUUUCUCACAAUGAUUAUUAUGUGGGAGAAGCAAAGAACCGAAAGUAUAACCCUUCAAGUUUUCAUAGGUUUAACUUGUAUGGGGUUCCAACACCACAUUUUAAUGAUGGACGAACCAUGGCAAAAACUUUAUAUUGGCUCCAUGAACUACAAAUGAAAAGAGGAGCUAAGAUUGUAUCCAAGAAAGUUGAUGAUUUCAAAGAAAAGUUUCAGCAUAAACUUGGAAGAGUUUUAGAUCCCAUUGCGGAAACAAUGAACGUUCCCCCAGACCACACAUUUGGAGCUUGUCUCCGUCCUGAGGAGUAUGGAGCUGGUGAUCUCAUCCAUAACAGACCUCCAGGUGAAUGCCUUCGAGGCACGGAUAGACAGCGAGCCCUGACUGCAGCGGUUCGACACCACUUGAAGAAAGUUAAUUACCAAAACUUUGACACUUUGCUGGCAGCCUUCAGGCACUAUGACAAGAAGGGAGAUGGAGUGAUAGAUAAAGCCGAGCUUCAGGAAGCUUGUGACCAGGUCAACUUGCACUUAGAUGAGAAGCUCCUGGACCAGCUAUUUGACUACUGUGAUGUAGAUAAUGAUGGGCUGAUUAACUACCUAGAAUUUGCAAAUUUUCUUAACUGGAAAGAUAAAAUGCCUCUUAAAGAAUAUGAAGAGAGGGUCAUUAUUAAAGGUAGAAAACCAGAUUGUGCAAAUCCUGCUGAAGCUAAUGUUGAUGAAUCUGAACCAACUCUCCUGAUAAAGCCUGAAGAUAUUGUCUUAAAAGAACCAGGGAGCUCAGAAAAGACUCUCCGGACACUUCUGAGGCCAAGCGAUAGAGUUUCGAAUCACUAUAAGACCACUUCUGCUGAGAUCAGUGCGGUUGUAGGAGCUGUUCCUUCCACUUGUUAUCCCAUCUAUGGUGUUCCGACCAUUCGGUCUGAUAUUCCUGCCCCCCGAAUUCGUCGCAUCAGUGAUAGAACUAAUUAUGGCGAAGAAGGCAAUGCCUAUUCAUUGCUACACCCUACCAUCUUUGGCCAGAAAGGAGUGUUUGAAAGAGACUUCUUCAAGACCAGAUCGAAAAAAGAGAUUGCUGAGAUACUAUGUAACAUUGGUGUCAAGCUUUCUGAUGAAGAAUUUGAAAAUAUAUGGAAUCUUGCAUCAAAGAAACAUCACAGAGGAGAAGUUUGUGUCGAGAACAUCAGAAAUGUUCUAGAUGAGCUACAACAUGCAGACCGGAUCACGUGUAAAACAACCGUGUGAUAUUUUUGGAGUUCAUUCAUUUAAACAAAAAAAUUGUUAAAUCUGUGUUCGUCUAAAAAAUGUUUGGUCCAUUCUGGUUUUAGAUAUUCUGUUACAAUUCAGCAAUCACUGUG